CUUAAAGCCUCCUGUUCCGCCCGAACCCCCACUGCACCAAAGGAUGGAAUUUGGAACAUAUUAUGGUUUGGAAUAACACAUAGCUCAUUCUACCUAGAGGACUAAGGGGGAGGGGGGGUUGUUCAGCAGUGGACGUCUCUCGGCUGAUGAUAAUCAUGAUGAUGAUAGUUCACUUUUCAUCCCACGGUGACACGGGCCGUGACACCAGUAACAUAUAUAUUAACGUACCUACAUUAGAAAUAAUAAUAAUAUAUUUGAGUCAUGCGGUCAAACCCGAUGAAUAAGUAAAUGACAACUUGCAUGUGUCAUUACUAAUUAUUAUUUUUCAUAAUUUAUGUGACUAAUUUUUGUCAUUAUUAUUUGGAAAAGGGAUAAUUUGUCAUGUACCAGUAUUUUUAAUAUAUCAUAUAUACAGGUGUCCCUAAAGUUGACGUCCAAGUGACAUCAGGUGAUCGGCAAGAUUCCAACUACAACCAUACGACUUCACAUACACCGGUGGUGUAGCUGACCAAAUGCCUUGCUUGCUCAGUGUGGGCAAACGCUACUAGGAUAUAUUCUAUUUCAGGACUCGCAUAGGAAGGGGAACUGUUUAAUAAACCUUGGGACUCUAUCUUUUAAACUACUGAAACUGUUUGGGCGAUGGGUAAAUGGAUGACUUUCCUCCUUCAAAAAAAGUACCUAUCAAUAGAAGUGAUUCUGAUGACACACUCGUAAAAUGCAUAUUGGCAAGGGCGAAAAUCCCAAAUUCGGCCGGCAGGCACAAUUCCACGCAAUGACGCGGACGAAUAUGCAGGUAUAGGUUGUACCUAAUAUUUUGCAAUAUAAUAUUACCUAAUAUAUUAUGUAGGAUAAAUAAAACAUGAAACGAUUUGAAUAAUUCAGUAGUGGGAUGUCGUUUUGGUGAGUCUUGACGCUUUUACACUUAUAAUGUGCAUAUGUAGACUCCGAAAGUAAAUUAGUAUUCAUUGUAUAAUAUUUAAAUUGUUACUCGUUCAACUUUAAUAAUUUUUUGAUUAGAGAGAGGGUAAGUACGCAUUAAGAAUUUUAAUGGUCUAUUCAUGUUAAAAUGUGAAGCAAAUACAGUCAUAUAGAAUAGACAAUAGUGUAACUAUUUUCUCUCGUUUUAGAACGAGAAUAAAAUUCAUUUGACAAUCAUCCGAUGACUUCUCUAGCCUUGGGCGAGGCGCGAGGGAGUGUCAGACUCAGGCUAACUAAAAACCAUCCCGUUCCAAAGCAGGAGUAGCUUUUCGAGCCGGAGCCCCGAUAUGCCUGCCAUUACUGCCAGCUAGAACGUCUUCAGACAAAGCAAGUUAUUAAAGAUGAUCAGUUUUCAACUAGUUUUCUUCACAACACUGGCGGUGAAUGUAUAUGGCCGACGAUCUGAAUUCCGGGAACAAUGUCUGAAUCCUUUUGGUAAAAACUAUUGUUCAAUAAAAGUAGAUUUCAAGAACAGAUGCGAAGACGAUUCAAGUUUGGAAUGUCAUGUGAAAGAUGAGACUUUGACCAGUUUCUCUGGUAACAAUGGCCACUCCGAGGUGACAGCAUGGUCUCAGCAUUACAUAGCUCGCAAAGAAUACAAUGUUGCACCUUUGACUAAAGUAAAAGGAAACAGCUACAUGAAAAUGAAAAUGUAUAAAUUUAAAAACAACACUCAGCUAUCGAUGAAAACAGAAUUUUCAAAGAAGUAUUACAAUGUGUCAGUACCCUUGGAUAAAGCAGGUUAUACCAUCGAGAGGGUCCCAUUCACCAGGUCAGAAUCUGAUGAAAUCCUAAGGAACGCGAGAGGAACUUUUGAAAAUGCAAAGUUGGAAUGUAAGAUCACCGAGUCGAGUAAAUAUGUUUGUACAUUUAACACACAACUUCCAAAUAUAUAUUCGUAUACAAUACACCAAAUGUAUUCAACAACUAAUAAUACUAUUGGUCGUUCUAUUAGAAGUGUAUAUUAUCCACCUACAACUGUACUUACCAUCAAAAUAGAACGAUUUGAUUUCAAUAGUACAAUUGUUGCACACCUGAAAAAGUACAAAGACAAAAAUGAAGAUUUUUUACAAUUUGAUCUUAAGAUCGCCGAAAGAGAUAUCGUUAAAGACCACAACUACGCCAUAAUGAGUUAUUCCGACACGGCACGUGUAAGAUUUUCCUGUGAGCAAUAUAUAAACAAAGAUCCAUCGGUUGGUUUGAUUGACAGUAGUGGGUACAAGAUAGAGACGGUAGAACGAACUACAUACAACGAGCUACUUGAUGUUAGUAAAAAUGGAAGUAUGCUGUGUUGUAUAUAUUACGAAGUGAAUUACUCUCACAUAACUAGAUAUAUCACUCGGAUCAUUGAAAAAAAAACCUUAUUGCUGUACAAGAAGGACGAAAUGAAAGGUUACCUGGGACUGUACGUGGCGAUACCAACAGUACUGCUGGCUGCCGCAUUCGUAGCAGUUGUUUACGUUUGCCGCAAAAAGAAACCGCUGCCAAACCCCACCGUUCCUACGUCGCAGCCAUAUUACGGUAACCAAAUCUUCCCAAGGGAACCAAACAGAGGAAUUUAUAUUCUUCCAGAAAAUAAUGAUCCUGAAUACGAACAAGUAUCAUAGGCUUACACGACAUUUGGUAACACCUCGCGAAGACAUCUUAUUUUGCGACGACUAAACAGAUGUAAUUUUAUAUAGUUUUAGUUCCAAUGCUUUAGACUUGUAAGAAAUCUAGAAUGCCAAUUUUAAUAUUUGCUUGUGUUAAUCAGUUGCUGUAACGUUAGUAUUGUAAGACGCAGGUAAUGUACCUAAGUACGUAGAAUAGUUGAUUAUAUUUUAGAACCGCUGUACUAUCCACUUGUGAGUUGUCGUGGCUGUGGUAACUCGGAAGGUGUUCAUGGCUAUCUUUACGUGUGAGGUCGUCUGGUGCUUCGCGCCGGUCUUGGCUACCCGUCCAUCGUGGGCGUUGUAAUGGCCAGAACGUUUUUAUUUUAAUUAAAGUCACUUGUAUCAGUCUA